ACAUUUUAAAUUAGUAGUUAGCUAACUUGAAUAAUCAAUAUGUCCCAUAGGUUCCUUUAUGGGAGUGGAUUUUUGUGGUCUCCAACUUGACCUUGGAGCUUCCCUCAGCUGUUUUUGACCAGCUUUCGUCGCCGCAUAAGCCUCUUUAUGCGCUAAUGGCGAUGGCGUUUUCCCUCCUGGCCUUGGUUCUUUGUGUCAUUGGGCUGCUCUACAAGGGAGUAAAAGAAGGAAUCACCUUCAAGUGCCGAAAGGGCACGAUACCCUGGUUUUAUUAUCCAUCUCGCUCUCAGAAUCACAAGCGUUUUGGUACCUUUGCAGAUCUCAUUGGCUUAGUUAGUGCCAUAUCCCAAAGCAUUGUUACUGCAGUCAAUUAUGAUUUUGCGCGCAGGGCUGCUAAUGGUCCUAUCAAAUUCUCAUUGUUGCCUAUUAUCUUUGCUCUUGCUCUUUUAUGUUCAAGAAUUUUAGAGACCGUAGAGAAAAAGGCUUCAGAGAGUUCAGAUCUUUGAGGACGGUUUCUGAUCAGGUUACGGUGUUGCAUUGUUGCUGCAAACGGAUAUGGUUCUUCGGUUCUUCCUGUUGUGUUGUGUUUUAAGAAUGCUGUAAUACAAAAUCUAUAAUAUUUUCUUAUUGUUCAUUUCA